AGCCCUUUGUAACUCUCUCUCCAUCUCUCCUCUCAACCCGUUCCAAAGAUGAAGUCCGCUGUGAUGGCCGCCGCAUGUGUAUCCUCAGCGUCUGCCUUUGUGGCACCGUCGCUCGUGUCGUCGCGCGUGGCGUCUUCCGCGCCCAAGACCACCAUGAUGGCCGAGGUACCAGGAUCGUGGUGGACUCCGUCCGACGGAACCAAGUCCGUGGCCCUCCCGUGGGCGGACAAGCCGCUCAUCGGCGACGGAGACAUGGUGGGCGACGCUGGCUUUGACCCGCUCAACUUGGCGAACGGACCCGCGGACCUCGUCUGGCUCCGGACAGCAGAGCUCAAGCACGGCCGCAUCUGCAUGCUGGCGUGCGUGGGCAUGGUCGCCCCCGAGCUUGUCCAGCACCCCGUGGGCUUCUCCGGGUUCGAGUUCGCGCCCGAGUUCACGCAGAUGAACGCGUUCGCCGCGCUGUCCUCCGUACCCCGGCUGGGCCUCGCGCAGAUCGUCAUCUUGUGCUCGCUCAUCGAGGUGGCCUCCUUCACGGGAAACCUCACCGAGAAGUACUUGUACGAGGACGACUUGACCAAGCUGGAGCUCAAGAACAAAUCGCUCGGCAAGACCGACUACCUCGCGGGCGCGGCCAAGAUCGCCCCCGUGACGGAGAACAAGGAUCAAGUCUUCGAGGACACCGUCAUCCCCGGGGACCUCGGCUUCGACCCCCUCGGCCUCGCGGCCAACGGCAUCAACCCCGACUACGCCCUGGCGGAGCUCAAGCACGCCCGUCUCGCAAUGAUCGGAUUCCUCGGCAUGGCUGUGCAGCAGGCCGUAGACCCCAACGGUGGUGUGCUCGAGCAGUUCAUGAACUGGGCGUCGUAGACACAUGACGAUGAUUGGUUUAAUUUUUCGUUCUUGUUUCGGCGCUGUAGAGGCUAGGCUGGCAAGAUAUUUUUUGGGGUUGAGGGAGGGCAUCAAGACCUGAAACCUGGCGCGGGCUCUCGUAUGUUUUUGGCGUGCGAUCGUGUGGUUCCACCGUCAGGCGUCUGAACCGCUUUUUUGCCACGUGACCGACCGUAGAUUAUCGGUUUCUGGCGAGCUAAUUUAAGACUUGCUCGGGCGAGGCUACUUUUUACCUGUUGUAGACAAGAAAAACGGCUAGGAAAAGCGUGCAUUACUCGGCGCAUCUCCUUUUCUCUCCGCUUCGUGUUAAUGUGCAACCGCUGCUAAGCAAGGGUGUCGGUUGCCGAUUUGUCGGAUGUGGGGAAACCAGUAGCCGCGCGCUUGCUUGUCGGCCGGGCCUCUACUGGGGAACACUUCGUGUCGUGUGCGUGCGAAACGGGAGGGAGUUAGUUACCUUGGAAGCCCACUGUUUUUUGCUUUCGCCUACAUGAUGUUCCUUUGUCUUGUUUUUGUAUCCGUUCUCUUAUUUUGUGGCCAGAGCCUUGCCAGCUUAGAUGAUGGCUCGCCGUGUGUUCUUCUGUGACGAUGAUCAGAUGAAAAAUGAAGAAAUGCGAAACGGGUUUUUAGUUGGCU